GCCGGGCCGGGCCGUGCCGCGGGGGCAUAAAGCGGCGGCGGCUGCGGGCUCCGGGCUCUGCUCUGCGGCCAUGGCCGCGGCCCGGCGCAGCGUGUCGGUGGGGCUGGGGCUGGCAGGGGUGCUCUGCGCCCUCCUGGGGGUCUGCCUGCUGCUGGUGGGGCCCGUCAUCGUCAAGGAGCAGGUUGUCAAGAAUGUCAGGAUCGACCCCAGCAGCAUCUCCUUCAGCAUGUGGAAAGACAUUCCUGUUCCUUUCUACAUGUCAGUGCACUUCUUCGAAGUGCUGAACCCCAAGGAAGUCCUCCAGGGAGCAAAGCCAGUGCUGAACGAGCGUGGACCCUUUGUUUACAGAGAGUUCAGGUAUAAAACGAAUAUCACGUUCCAUGACAAUGACACCGUCUCCUUCCUGGAGUACCGGAAACUCUUCUUCCAGCCGCACUUGUCCAACGGCAGCGAAGAAGAGUACAUCGUUGUGCCAAACAUUUUGAUGAUGGGAGCGGCUGUAAUGGUGGAAAACCUGCCAACCUUUGUGAAGCUUUUACUGAGUGGAGCCCUGGCUGGCCUGAAACAGGAGGCAUUCAUGAACCGGACGGUGGGGGAGAUCAUGUGGGGGUAUGAAGACCCUCUUAUAGACGCAAUAAAUGCACUUGUUCCUGGCCUGAUCCCUUUCAAGGGGAAAUUUGGCUUAUUUAUGGAGUUUAACAACUCUGAUUCAGGACUGUUCACGGUGAACACGGGCAUGAAGAACAUCAGUAGAGUUCACAUAGUGGAUUCAUGGAAUGGACUAAAGAAGGUGAACUACUGGCGGAGCGACGAGUGCAACAUGAUCAACGGGACCGCAGGGGAGAUGUGGCCACCGUUCAUGUCCCCAACCUCGUUGGAGUUCUACAGCCCUGAUGCCUGCAGAUCCAUGACACUGGUGUAUGAGCGGUCUGGAAAGUUCAAGGGUGUGCCCACCUAUCGCUUCGUGGCACCAAAAACUCUCUUUGCCAAUGGCACGGACUAUCCGCCCAACGAAGGCUUCUGCCCCUGCAUGCAGUCCGGCAUCCUGAACGUCAGUACCUGUAGGCUGAAUGCACCGAUGUUCAUUUCCCAUCCUCACUUCUACAAUGCGGACCCAGCCCUGGUGAACGCCGUUGAAGGCCUCCACCCCAGCAAGGACCAUCACGCGCUCUUCCUCGACGUGCACCCGAUGACGGGCAUCCCCAUGAAUUGCUCCAUCAAGCUCCAGCUGAACCUGUACUUAAAGCAGGUGUCUGGUAUAAUUCAAACAGGGAAGAUUAAGCCAGUGGUCCUGCCGCUGCUGUGGUUUGCAGAGAGUGGAUCCAUCGAAGGCUCAGUCCUAAAGCAGUUUUACACCAACCUGGUGCUGAUCCCGUCCGUGCUGGACUACUUGCAGUAUAUCUUCCUUGGGCUGAGCGUCCCGCUCAUUAUCUCAGCAGCCGUACUCAUGGCAACAAGUCAGAGAACCACCGCCGAGAAGAGCCCACGCCACCCUGCAACGCAGAGCCACCCCCCCCCUCCCUCCGAGACAACGCCACUCCUACACGACGCUGGCACGCUGAGCCAGGACGACGCCGAAGCCUGAGCCGCCAUCCCCAGCACGUUUCCCACCAGGACACGUCAGUGCUGGGGGCGAGACCUGCUUUGGAUCCCCAGAGGUCUCUGGAAGGUGAAGUCAUCCUGGGCAACUCAGCAGAGACCCAGCACACCGUGGGAAAGCCACGGGACAGCACUGCUGCACCGGCACUCCCGUGCACAGGGGACCUCAUCCAGACACCCGAAAUACAGUGCUCCAGAGCCCUUGUCCCCAAGGGGCCGGCGUUUGCCAUGGCCCCUCUCUCCCCAUGGGCCAGCAGGAAUGAAGACAGUCGCUGGCUGAUCCGAGAAGUUAUUUUGCAAUUUAAAACUGCCUGUUGCUAGGAAUAACAGGCACUUCAAUAGGAGCCUUUAAAAUAAAUGAGGUUUGUAUAUGUAGCACUGGUGGGAUUUAGUGAUCUUUUUAAAAGCCACUGUUCAUCUCAUGCCAAUGGGGCUUGCUGUCCUGAAGCUACUCACAGUUUUAUUGCCACUUGAUGUGACUGGACUACACCGCAAAUCAAUUCUGGGUGCUGUCACUUCAGUGAUGUCUCUCCUAAAGACUUCCCAGGGUGCCUGGAGCCCACCUGGGGCUGCUCCAGCCUUUACUUCAAAAGUGGUGACUUGUAAAGCCCUAAUUCUGUGCCAUGACCUUGCGCUCCAGCUAUUCCAGUCCAGAGCCCUUUUACUUAGCCUUGCUUUAGGUGACUGAGAUAAGCCUUGCCAAAAACUCGAUGGGACAUCUGACCUGUCACUCUGCUCCUGACAGUUGUCCCUGCUGCCCGCUCAGCCAUCCAGGGUCAGCUCUUUGGCCGCGCGCCGUCUGUGCUGGGAGGCCAUCGCGUUGCUCUGCCCAUGCUGCCUGCACACAAGAAGGGAGCAGGCAGAAGCUUGACCCUCUCCUUGAGCGUUUAACAAAGAUAUUUGUGCUGUUGAGAUGGAGGAAGCUAUGUGCAAUCAUGAAAGUAGCAAUGGCCUUAGUAGGUUUUGAUUAAAAUAUUGCAGAUUUCCGAA